UAAUCUAAAUAAAAUAUGGAUAACCGGCCCAACAACCAUUUUCUCAUUCACUCACUAACUCACCCAAUUCGGUUCGCAACUCAGUCUCUCUUAAACCAAACCAAACCACAAAAAAUAAAAUCAAACCUCUAUCUCUCAUAUCUGAAAUGUGUAAACCUCUAUCAAAUCAAAUGGAACAAAUAACAGUUGUAAGUUAAUAAUAACAAAGGAUCAUCAAUCAGGUGAUAACGCCGUCAGUCAAUGGCGUUCCGCUCUCUCUUUCAAUCUCUCACACGAAACAGCGGUUUAGUCAACAAUGCUCAUCACCAUCACCGUUCACAUUCUCUCCUCAACGCAUCGAGAUUUGUGUCUUCGGGUGCUGUGACCAGUGAUUAUGUGGAAGAGACUCCAAACUCUGCUGAGGGUGAUGAUGACCUAAGGAGCAGAAUCUUGAGGCUCAGACUCCCCAAGCGAAGUGCCACCAAUGUUCUUCAGAAAUGGAUUCUCCAAGGGAAUUCUAUUCCGGUUUCUGAGCUUCGUGAUAUAUCUAAAGAGCUUAGAAGUUCUCAGCGUUAUAAACACGCUUUGGAGAUAUCGGAAUGGAUGGUUACUCAUAAAGAAUACGAGUUAUCAGACUCUGAUUAUGCAGAUCGCAUAGAUUUGUUGACCAAGGUUUUCGGCAUUGAUGCUGCAGAGCGCUACUUUGAGGCUUUACCGCUUUCCACAAAGACAUGCGAGACUUACACGGCCCUUCUGCACUGUUUUGCAGGAGCAAGAAUGACUGAAAAGGCCGAAGAACUAUAUCAAAGGAUAAAAGAUUCAAACCUCCCAUUUGAUGCCCUUACUUACAACGAAAUGAUGACCCUUUACAUGUCGGUUGGGCAAGUUGAAAAGGUCCCGUCAGUUGUUGAAGAUCUCAAACAACAAAAGGUUGUCCCAGAUAUCUUUACUUAUAAUCUAUGGAUAAGUUCAUGUGCUGCAGCUCUUAAUAUCGAUGAAGUUAAAAGGAUUCUUGAAGAAAUGAGUAAUGUUGCUGGUUCUGAUGAAAGUUGGAUGAGAUAUUUGAACCUGGUCAACAUUUAUGUUAAUGUGGGUAAUCUUGAUAGUGCAAGUUCCAACUCACUCGUCGAGACUGAGAAAAGGAUCACGCAAAGUCAAUGGAUAACAUACGAUUUCUUGGUCAUUCUUUAUGGUGGUUUGGGUGAAAAGGAUAAACUUGAUCAGAUAUGGAAUUCAUUGAGAAUGACUAAACAGAAAAUGAUUAGCAGAAAUUAUAUCUGUAUUAUUUCUGCUUAUCUAAUUCUUGAUCAUGCAAAAGAAGCAGGUGACGUUAUCGAUCAAUGGAAACAAUCGACUACCACAGAUUUUGAUACGCAUGCUUGUAAAAGGAUUGUGGAUGGUUUUAAGGACAUUGGAUUGGAUGAAGUAGCCAACAACUUGAAUAUGAUUAUCAUUGAGAAGAACCUCAAUCCGGAAAAUAACUAACUCGCAGUUAUUUAGAAAUGAACCUGAUUUUGAAUAUACAGAUUUGAGAUUAAAAUUGCAACCUUCAGCAGGAAAUUAUGUAUGUUUCAUUUGCAAUUUGCUAAUACAUCGCAAAUGAAUAACCUGCAAUGUAAGAUUCUAUUGCUUUUAUGGAUGUGUUCUCUAUUGCUAAUAACUUUUUUUUUUGUUUCACUUGGCUAGCAUCUUUGUUGUGAGUUAUUCUUGUCUGGUCAUGAGACCAAAUGCUUAGUGUUUAGGUAUACACAAAAGAGACACCUUUUUUUACAUAUCAACAAAAAUAAAAUCAAUUUUUUUAUUAUUA